AUGGACAAUGACCAGUUCAAGACGCCGUUAAACAAGUCUCGUCUCCCUGGUCCUGGGUUGCGGUCGAGUACGAUGAAGCGCGACUCUUUCGCUGCCGAGCUGGAGAGAGACCCCCAGACAUCGACAGCUAAACGACAGCAGCGAGCGCAGGUCUUCACAUCUUCUAUAUCCCAUGCCAGCCUCGAGAGACAAUUGCUGGCAGCCCAGACGUCCAAGAUGGAACUCGAAACGAAGCUACGCGAGUCAGAGUUGCUCAUUGCCACUCUCAAAAGCGACAGAGAGUGGCUGGCUAACCGUGAAAAGGAGGAGCGCGAGGAAAAAGAGGCUGAACGUGAAUCCUAUGAAAAGGCGAAGAAAGCAUCUGAUGCUGAGAAUCGUUCCUUACGAAUAACGGUGUCUACGUUACGAGAAGAGCUUGCAGACUUACAAGAUACACAUCAAGCCCUCGUACGGAAUACAAAUCAAACUGUGUCUUCACAGAAGACAGAAAUUAUGACAUUAACGCAUCGGAAUGCCCUUCUUGAACAACAAUACGAACAAGCGAAAACUCUAGCCGAGGAACGUUCGGAAUCCCUAACACAACUCCAAGCUGCCUAUGACGAACUCAGCACCGCAAAGGAAUCAUCCGAAAAGCGUGAAUUGGAGGAAGAGAGCAUGAGCAUUGUGCGAGAUGAGUUGCAUCGCCAAGCGAGUUAUCUUCGUAGCCUGGAAUCUUCCAAUGCAAAGAUGACGGCUGAGCUCAAAGUUCUGCGCGAGCGGCAAACGAGUGUGGAGGUACUAAGGGAAGAAAAGCGCGGGUUGGAACGCAAACUCCAGAUGCUCGAUGAAUUUAGGACGAAGGCGAUCAAAUUAGAGGCUGAAGUGGAAGCAGGGCGAAAAGAACGUGAAGCAUGGGCAGAGAACUCUCAAAAUGCUCAGCUUUCAAGCACGCCGAUCGCUGUUACAAAAGCCCUCUCCGACCUCCGUCUUGCCCAUGCACGUCUUCUGGAAGAACACGGCUCUACAGUCGCGCUUCUUCGCCAAAGAGAGGCUGAACUAGCUGAUUAUGAACGACGUGAAGCCCAAUCUACCCAGAACAUCAGCACCCUCGAGCAGAACCAACGUAUCCUCAAAGACAAAAUCGCCAGGAGGGACGCACGCACACAGCUCGCAGAACGAGAAGUGACGUUCCUACAAGCUCUUGUGGCAAGUUUCAAUGCUGAAGACCACAUGGAGGGCGUUGAACGGGAUGAAGCCAAAGACCAGCACAUUCAGCAGCUCCAGGGCUUAUUGCAAGAAUACAAAGCAUUAAAUGACCAACUGAGUGAUAACUUGGAGAAUCUCGAUGGUAAACCUUCAUUGCUCAACCCCGCCCAGGCCGAGGAGCUGCAUGCCGAACUGGAAAAAGAACGCCUCGAAAAGGCUGAGCUGCAGAAAGGUCUCGACGCCGCUACAACCUCCGAGAAAGAAAACCUAGACAAGAUCGAAGAGCUCGAACAAACGCUCUUCGAGCUGCGUGGAGAAAUUGCCGGCGGUCGUCACGUCCCACCGAACACUCGAAUUUUGUCGAUGAAAGAUAACCCGGAGCAGCAAUGGUUCGAUCUGCGUCAGGCGGCGAUGGAUCGGCUGAAGAGCGAGAACGAAGCCUUGAUAAAGCGACUUAAAGAGUUGGAGGAGGGCGGGGUACGAAUGACGAAUGAGGGUGAGGGUGCGGGUGAGGAUCUUGUCCCCAGAGAGAGCUGGGAGGCGGUUAAUAAGGAGAAGGUGGAUCUGGAGGAAAUGGUAAAGCAGAAGGAGAAGAGGCUAUUAAGGUUACAGCAGGUAUUCACGUCCAAGAGCGCCGAGUUCCGUGAAGCAAUAGCAUCUAUCCUCGGACUCAAGCUCGCUUUCUACCCGAAUGGCCAAGUCAGGGUGACGUCGGUGUACGACCUCUGUGCAUCCUUUGUCUUCCAGCCUUCCCGAGGACAAGGGUCAUCCAGUGCAGGGUCAGCGUCAAUGCAGCUUGUUGCACAGGGGGAAGGGGGGCCUCAGGAUCUACCCAAUCUAAUGGAGUACUGGAUAGAAAAAGAGCAGUGUAUACCGGGAUUUCUUGCGAGUGUAACACUGGAGUGUUAUGAUAAUGCGAAGAGGGAAGGUAGAAUUGAUGUUUGA